AUGGAUCACCUCAAGACAAAUGAAGAACCUACGCUGCCCGAUGACCCAUCAGCUAAGGCAAAGCAUAUUUUCAAGCUUGUCAAGAAGUCAUUGUUCGAAGAUGUCGAAUCGGUCUCCAAGACUUUUGAAGAUACAGACCUCGAAGAUUGCAUGUCUUUGGCGAAACAAAUUAUUGCGGCCAAUCCCGAGCUUAAACCAACACUGCUUCUAGCUCUAGAUAGAAAUACUCAGUCUGAUUGGGAUGACUUCUAUUCAAGCAUUGUGGGAAACUACGACGACUGGGUUACGGUCACGCCGCAGGUCCUUCUCGCAGAUGCGGUAUUUUUAUCAGAGGCUUGA